AUGGAUAGCAAAACGGGAGCUACCCAUAUCGAGACCGCCCACGGGCGCGACGCCCACAUCGUGCCCAUCGACCAGGAAGCCAAUGAGGACGUCCAUCAUGUCAAGCUAUCGUGGAGGUCUUGGAUGGUUGUCUUUUGCUGUUGCUUCGCUGUCAUGUCACAGGUCUUCGUGGUAGUGGCUGCAGGAUCAGUCCUGUCGUUCAUCAUCCGCGAGCUUGGAGAACCUGCCAUCGCAAGUUGGAUCAUCCAGGGCCCGCUACUCAUGCAAUCAGUCCUUUCUCCUCCCGUCGGUCGCCUGUCUGAUGUCUUGGAUCGCAAGCUCUUCGCCACCAUACCUCCACUGAUCGCAUGCAUUGGUUCCAUCAUCUGCGCCAAAGCUACGAGCAUGUCCAUGUUGAUUGGAGGCGGUAUUCUCAUCGGCACGACACUUGCGACCAUCUCCAUCGUCCAGUCUAUCCCAUCCGAGAUCCUGCCUUUGAAGUAUCGACCUCUAGCGAAUGGACUUGCAGGCGUUGCCGGCGUAUUGGGCGGAACUGUCGGUAGUCUAGCAGCUGGUGCGGUUACGAACCUGAGCGCUUCCGGCUGGCGCUAUAUCUUCUGGAUCCAAGUCGGCCUACACGGCAUUACAUCGCUUGGUCUAUUCGCGUUCUACUGGCCAAAGAAACGCACCGACUAUCCACGGAUGAGCUUCAAGCAGUGGAUGUGGGCUUGCGACCCUAUCGGUUCCCUUCUUCUUGUUGCUGCUGCCACCUUGAUGCUUCUGGCGCUAAACUGGGCAGGUGGCGCGUACCCGUGGAGCAAUCCGCACGUAUGCGCUAAUCUCGUUGUCGGCAUUGUCCUCUUCAUUGCUUUCUGUCUUUACGAAUGGAAGGGCCGAUCUGAUGGCAUCGUCGCCCACGUCUUCUUCUCCACUGGACCCAACUUUUGGCUGUCGACUUUCGCCUUUGCUAUCGAGGGAUGGAUCUACUACUCCGCCAUCAACGCAGUUACACCACAGCUCAUCCUCAAUGUCGGGUUCGAAGACAACGCGUGGGAUAUUGCUAUCCGUCAACUGUCUUACAAGAUCGCGUCUAUCUUCACAUCUCUUGCCGUGACAUGGUACGCGACAAAAUUCAAAGACAUGAAAACACCCCUAGCAGCCACCUUCGCCAUAAUGUUCAUCGCCUCAAUCUGCUUCGCAUUCAUCCGCCCCGGCUGGGCCACCGAACAAAUCAUCUUCACCGCUCUAACAGGUAUCGGUUGCGCAGGCCCACUCACACUACUAGUCGCAUGCAUCCAAUUCACCGCCCCCCACGCCUUCCUCUCCACAGCCACCGGCCUCGCCUUCUCCGCCCGAGCCAUCGGCGGCGCUUUCGGCACUGCCGUCAUCUACGCCAUUGUAAACUCGCGCGUCGCUUCUCACCUCGCCGGAGACGUCAGUUCCGCGGCCAUCGCUGCCGGUCUACCCGAGUCUUCUGUGCCUGCGCUUCUCAAAGGCAUGAAAGGUAGCUCGGCGUCUAAGUUCAGAGGCGCAGGCGUACCUGGCGCGAACGAGACUAUCAUAACUGCUGCAUGGGAUGCGAGCCAUUGGUCGUAUGCGCGUGCGUAUAGACUGGGGUACUGGAGCGUAGUGCCGUUCGUUGCGCUUGCAACGAUCGCUGUGCUUUCCAUGAAGGGUAUCAAACAUCUGAUGACGGAGCAUGUUGAAGCGACUGUUGAGCGGGAAAGCGAUGAUGAAGGGAAGGGUUUGGGUAAAGCUUAG